CCGACGGCCUGACCUUUCACGGAUUAGAUGAUGGGCGUUUGGCUGACGGCCCUGCUGGGCACCGUCCUAGUGGUGACGGCUGCGACAGCCAGAGAGGGCACGGACCGCAAGCUGAACAUCGAUCCCGUGCUACGCAAUGCGCUCCUGCGGGCCCUGCGCCACUUGAAGGAGCGCCAGGAGGAGGAGCGCCAGGAGCAGGAGCUACUCGGGGACGCCAACACGACCGAGGAGAACUACGCGACCACCAUCCUGGACGAGCUGCUCGAGGAGAGCACGGCGGCCGACGAGAGCGGGCGGCCGAACACCGUCAACUACCACACGUAUGUCGCGGCGGCAGCGGCGGCACAGGCAGCAUCGGUGGCCACGGCGGACGGUAGUAGCGAUGACGACAGUGGCGGUGGCGGCGGCGGCGAGUCCCAGGACGAGGUGGCCCCGAGCGACGACCGUGACACGAACGAGAUCAUCAAAACGAUCAUCAUCGCGAAACCGAAGGCGACGGUCGGGCCGGCCAAGCAGGAGGCCGACAACGAGAUCGUGCCGGUGGCGGCCCUCAUCACCGAGGCCCCCGGGACCCCGCUACCGGUGCCGGGCACCGGCACCAGUGUUGCUAGCCGGGGCUCCGCCGGAGCGGACCAGCCGACCGCGGGUCCGACGACCUCGAGCGUCCCCAGCACCGAGGCUCCCACCCACAACGAGGACGGCGAAAACAUCGAGCAGGUCAAGUCCGAGGACGUGAAGAUCCAGCAGGCACCGCUCGUCGCGGCCUUCACCGUCCAGCAGGACGGGCUGGGCGUCCCGCGAAACGUCAUACCGCUGCUGCUGCAGAGCCCGCCGCCCCGACCCACGGCCGUCGAGAGUGGAUCGCCGCCCCCGCCGGCCAGUCAGCCGUUCAACGCACAGACGGGCCAGGUGCAGGGUGGCGGCUUCAAGCCCGCGCUGGUGGUGGCGGCGCCGCAGGCACCAGUGCAGCCGCCGACGAACCAACCGCUGGUGGCGCCCCCACUCAGCACGCGGGGGCUCGAGGAGAAGACGCGCCUGCUAGAGCAGCAGCUGAUCGCGCUGCAGAAACAGCAGCGUGCCCAGGAGCAGCUACUGCGGGCCAAGAUCCAGGGCCAGGAGCAGGCCAUCUUCCAGCAGCAGCAGCUGCUGCAGCAUCAGAAGCAACGCCUCGACGAAGAGACGCGUCUGCAACUCCUGCGCUUCGAGCAGGACCAACGCCUUUUCCGCCAGCAACAGCAGCAGCAGCAGCAGCAGCAACAACAAAUUCCACAGUUCCAGCAACUGACCUUCAAGCCACAACCGCUACCGCUAGCGCUACAAAAGCAGCAGCAGCUACCACAGCUGCCAGCGCCACUGCAGGCGGCACCGCAGCCAACGUUCAUACAGGAGCUACCCAGACCGAUCCCGGCCGUGCAGUUCAUCCCGAGCGUGAGCCUGCCGGGCGGGAAGCCGAUCCCGGUCUCGGUGGAGCAGCAGCUCCCGUUCAAGGAGGCGGUCGACUUCCAGCCAGUGCCACCGCAGGCCGGACCGGCAGGCCCCAAAGCCGCCGUCACCUCCGUCGAGCAGGUGAAGUCGGUCACACUCCAGCAGCAGCCGCCGCAACCACAGCUGUCCCGCGAUCAGGCCCUACCGCUCAAGCCGUUCCAACCGUUCCACCUGCUCCCGGUGCUGCCCCCGCAGCACGCGCCCGGCUCGUUCCUGCCACCGCUCGCAGCCCAGCCCGGGCCCAGCCCGUUCGACCAGCAGCUGCUGCCGCUCCAGCAGCGCCACCGUGUGUUCCGCCAGGAGCCACCGACCGGCAACUUCGGACCGGGACCGGCGCUACCGGCACCCUUCACCUGGUCUUCGCAGCCGCUGGUGAGCGACAGCCAGAACCUGCAGCACCUGCUGCUCCAGUCCGGCAUCACGGCGCGCUCGGCCGAGGACUUCAACAUCAUCACCAAGGUGCUCGCCCUGAACCACGGCAUCCCGGAGGCCUCGUCGCAGCGCAUGUUCGCCAAGCUGAGCCCGGACCAGCAGCGGCAGCUGCUGUUCCGGAAGUGAGCGGUCAGACUCUCGCGCCAGGACGCGACUUUACUGCGCGACCCCCACGCGACACACUCCUCGAUUCUGCCAUAUUUAUUAUCACCCCCCCACCCUGACGUGCACACGUGGCGUUUAGAGUCAGGUUCACCGGUUCACUCUUCAUCCAUCCGCGCUCUGCUAUCCCGCUCCCGGCAGUCGCGCCAACCCACCGGGAGCCCAACGGGGCGCCAACGUUUCAUUUGGCGUCUGGGUCUGGGUCUCGGUUUCGACGCACACUGUCGAACGUACGGUGGCUUAAGGUAAGGUAUGUAAGGUACUCCGCGGAGCGCACAAACGGACGCACAUGACACAGGCAUGGAGAGGGCAUGGAGUGUGUCCGCGGGCUCCCGUUUAGAGAAUAUUAAAUAGAGUUACUCCGGACACUGUACUCGGGUCCAUCGGUGUACUCCACACCGGAUGGACGGGCGGGGGAGGUGCUGCUCUUUAAUAAACGAA